AUGUUCCCACAACCAGACGCAGAAACGCUAGCACGGAACCCGCAAUUCGCAUUGUUAUGGAAAGACCUGACAACAAACAAAAUAACCAGAGAUGGAGUUUCUAAGACUGUUGCUCUGGACAAAGAGACAGUAAAAACAAGAGAAAUACUCAAGACCAAACAGAUCGAAUUGGCGAAAAGGAGGUACUCAAGGGAUGCGGUGAGGGCUGUUGCUUUUGGAGAGGCAGAGGGUGGGUUAGUUGGUGAGUUGAGAGAAACGGCACAGAUUGUUUCUGCACAAUUGGACGGUAAAUUGGAUCCCCAAGACAAGGAUAUUGUCCAAGUCGAGGUCGAGGAGUUCAUGGCCAAUAUCGAAACCGUGAGAGCGGCAGUGGAGACACACAUGGAGCAGAACGUUAUGCUACUUUGUCAAAUACUAGAACAACAGCACGCAGACCCUUCAAAAUUGCCAGCACAAGUCCAGGCUCUCCAGACAGAUGUGGAAGAAGCGAAAUGGCAGCUUGGCGUCAAACGCAUUGAGCUGGCUAGCACAUUGACCCAACUUCUCAAGACAAAUGCUCAACUAUUGCAGACAGCAAUCCGGAUAUUGGAGCAGGUAAUGCAUGGCAGUGUAGGACGACACACUCGAGCGCGAGCCGAACACCUUGCAACAGUCGCACAAGGACUUGAGAAGCGAUUGCUGGUAGCAAGGAAGACGGUGGCCGGUCAAGUCUACGAUGGAAGAGCCGAAGAGCAACUCGUACGCAAAAAGGAAGAGUUGGAUGCUCGGAGCGCGGGACUGCGCAGGAGACUUAGGGAUCGCGAGCAGUGGCUGGAGCGACUUGAAGGAGUUUCGGGACUGAGAGAGGCAGUCGAGGAGAUAUCAAGGGUGCGGAGCGAAAUCUCUAGGGUGAGAGAGGAGGUCGGACGAUUGGAACGAGGUGGAUAG